GACCCAUCCGAAACGUCACGAGUUGCGGGGUCGAUCAUGGGGAGCUGAGAAAGAAUAACAGAAGUUAGCUAGCGAAACAACUACACUUUAUGAAAUAAAGUAGGGACAUUCUGGAAGAGCUACCGGCGGCCAGCAUGGCCAACAUUACAAAGAAAGUGUCGUGGUCCAGUCGGGCCGACGAGUCCGGGGCAACCGGGGAGGCGACACCGCUGCUUAACGGCGCCGAGCAGCGGCCACUCUCCAGACAGCUGUCUGGAGGAGGAAAUAUAUUUCAAAUAGGCAGACUCAGCACGGUGGAUUUGGAGGAGGAGAUGACAUCAGAGGAGGAGUCUUUAAGAGGGCGGCCUAAAGAGAUCGCUCAUAACGAGAAGCUGCUGUCGCUAAAAUUUGAGAGUCUGGACUAUGAUAACAUUGAGAACCAGCUUUUUCUGGAGGAGGAGAGGAGAAUGAGUUACAUGGGUUUCCGCUGUCUCGAGAUCAGUCGCUGGGUCGUCUGUGGUCUAAUUGGUUUCUUCACUGGCCUCAUCGCCUGCUUCAUCGACAUCGCUGUGGAGGAACUGGCUGGAAUCAAAUACCAAGUGGUCAAAAAGAACAUAGAGAAUUUCACCGAAGUCGGUGGCCUCUCCAUCUCCCUCAUUCUCUGGGCCGUCCUCAACUCUGCCAUCGUCAUGGUGGGCGCAAUCAUAGUAGCAUUUUUUGAGCCCAUAGCAGCAGGAAGUGGUAUUCCUCAAAUAAAAUGUUACCUGAAUGGAGUCAAGAUUCCCCGGGUGGUACGACUCAAGACACUGUUAGUGAAAGUGUGCGGUGUUAUCUGCUCAGUGGUUGGUGGUCUUGCAGUUGGAAAGGAAGGUCCCAUGAUCCACUCUGGUGCCGUGGUUGCCGCAGGAAUCUCUCAAGGCAGGAGCACCUCUUUAAAGAGAGACUUCAAGAUCUUUGAAUAUUUCCGGAGAGACACAGAAAAACGGGACUUUGUGUCUGCUGGAGCCGCCGCCGGAGUUUCAGCUGCGUUCGGAGCACCAGUCGGUGGCGUUCUGUUUUCUCUGGAGGAGGGAGCAUCUUUCUGGAACCAGAUGCUGACGUGGAGGAUAUUUUUUGCCUCCAUGAUCUCCACGUUCACCCUGAACUUCUUCCUCAGUAUCUACCACAACAACCCAGGAGACCUUUCAAACCCCGGUCUGAUCAAUUUUGGACGCUUUGAGACCGAUACUGUGGCCUACUAUCUCUAUGAGAUUCCCUUGUUCAUCGCUAUGGGUGCUAUAGGGGGAUUACUGGGAGCUCUGUUCAACGUUCUCAACUACUGGCUGACCAUCUUCAGGAUCCGUUAUGUUCACCGUCCUUGCUUGCAAGUGAUGGAGGCCAUGUUGGUUGCUGCAGUUACAGCGACAGUGUCUUUCACCAUGAUCUACUUCUCUGAUGACUGUCAGCCUCUGGGACCAGAUCACACGGAGGAGUAUCCACUGCAGCUCUUCUGUGCAGAUGGAGAGUAUAACUCCAUGGCAACGGCCUUCUUCAACACUCCCGAGAGAAGUGUUCGAAGUCUCUUCCACAACCAGCCAGGAACCUACAAUCCUUUGACCCUGGGUUUGUUCACUCUGACUUAUUUCUUCCUGGCGUGUUGGACGUACGGCCUGGCGGUGUCUGCUGGAGUCUUCAUCCCCUCUCUGCUGAUAGGAGCCGCCUGGGGAAGACUGUUUGGGAUACUGCUGGCUUCCUUCACCUCCACUGGCAACAUUUGGGCUGUCCCUGGUAAAUAUGCCCUGAUUGGAGCCGCAGCUCAGUUAGGUGGCAUUGUGAGGAUGACUCUCAGUUUGACCGUCAUCAUGGUGGAGGCGACAGGGAACGUCACGUACGGUCUUCCCAUCAUGCUCGUCCUCAUGACUGCCAAGAUAGUAGGAGACUACUUUGUAGAGGGUCUGUACGAUAUCCACAUCAAGCUGCAGAGUGUGCCCUUCCUGCACUGGGACGCUCCUGCCACCUCCCACUGGCUGACAGCCAGAGAAGUGAUGAGUUCUCCGGUCACCUGUCUGAACCGGUUAGAGAAGGUGGGAACCAUCGUGGACAUUCUGAGCAACACAUCGACCAAUCACAAUGGCUUCCCUGUCGUCGUGGAGGUUACUGCUGGUGAUGAGCCGCCGAAGCUCUGCGGUCUCAUCCUCCGCUCACAGCUCAUCGUCCUCCUCAAGCACAAGGUGUUUGUGGAGUUGGCCAGGACCCGGCUGACCACGAGGAAGCUCCAGCUGAAGGACUUCAGAGACGCAUAUCCCCGCUUCCCCCCGAUUCAGAGCAUCCACGUCUCCCAGGAUGAGAGGGAGUGCAUGAUGGACCUCACAGAGUUCAUGAAUGCAACACCUUACACCGUUCCACAGGAAACAUCCCUGCCUCGUGUUUUUAAGCUGUUCAGAGCGCUGGGACUCCGACACCUGGUGGUGGUGAAUGACUCAAACGGGGUGGUUGGACUGGUAUCCAGGAAAGACUUGGCAAGAUAUCACCUGGGCAAACACGGUCUGGAGGAACUUCAGCUGGCCCAGACAUAGAACACACACAUGAAUAAACCUGUGAACUUUGACCACCGUAUGCCUCCAUAAGCGGUUAUCCACCAGCUAUGCAGCCUUAAAGGACACGAGAAAGGUCUACAAUGUCCCUGUUGUUAUUCUUUUUUUUUUUUUUGUCUAUACCAAAAUGGUCACCAUGGAAACACAAAAAAAAAAACUGACACAUUUCAAAUAUCAAACUGAUCUUGUUUACAAACAUAAUGACACCUAAAGCACAAAUUUGCUCUGUUAAUUGUGUCUGAAGAGAUCAACCUGUGGGUUUUUGCAAAGGUUAUAUAAUGGACAGGAAAGAUUGAAAAGACUGUGUUUGAAACAAGUGAAAUUUAAGUCCAGUCAACCUUUCCAGCUGACCAGAUAAGAUACUCCAUUUUGUCCGCUGGUGCAGCUCUGUCAGUUCCUUCUGUUCUGUCCCCUCAGCAUCAUGUGAGCUGGUAAAUGUUACUUCCCUUUUGAGGUAACGUUAUGGUUAUAAACCAGUUAACACAUUGAGUCCGUUUUCAAUCAUUCACACGCUCUGCUUGUUUUACGAUUGAACUCAUGAGACAUAUUUUGAUGGUUUUAAUUGAUUACGAGUGAGACUUCAUGUUGUACUAUUUAAGGUCUGUUUUGGAAAUGAUGAUGAUUAUUAUUAUUAUUAUUAUUCCACAGUUGUGUAGUUUUGCACUGAAUGAAAGCUGUUAUUUAUUGUUGAUGUUGAAUGCUUGUUUUAAUUUAAGUGUGUGGUUUAGACUUUAAACGCAUCCAGGCAAAGAUAAGGUUUCACAUGUUGCAUAAUUCAAGACAUUCUCACAAGUAUAGUGUGAUGAGUGGAGAGUUUAUGGCCCCCUGUUUCUCUCAUUCAGCUGAGUAGAGAUAUGAAUAUACAGAUGCUCCCUUCUUUCUUUUACUUACUGAUCUAAUAUAUUUAUUCAGCUGUCAAUAAACACAUGGACUACUCAAAGGUACUAACUUCCUGUUCUCUGCUACAUAAUGUUUGCACUCUGACUAACUACUGAAAAAAUUCCCUUUGUAAAGGACCACAUCUGUCCUUUAUGAAGCUCUAUUUGAAUGUGAACCGUUCUUUACCACAUAAUCAGUAUUUUCCUUUAAUAUCCCACAGAACAGUCUGAUUUAUAAAUCUGUUAUUUAAACUCAUUUCUCUACCUAAUAUGUUUGUUUUGUCAUCAUUGGUUUCACGCUUUCAUUUUUUUGUCGACUUUGCGCUCUUCGUUCUGUUGUACAGAUCUCAGUGUAAAAAUAUAGACAAUGCUCCAUUUUGUAACCACUGGAUACGGCUUUUGUGAAUAAAGUUGAAAUUUACUGAUUGUUA